UCUUAGAAUUAUUGUAGACGCAGUACCAAAUGUGGCCACAAGAUGACAAAACAAAGCUUCAUUGUUCCAAGAGUGACAUACUCAUAUUUAAAUGCCUGUCAUUCUGAAAUGCUUGGAUCUAUAGACCUAAUUAUAGACUCUUUUUUAAAGGAGACAGUUAUUUUUGAAAUCAGUUAUUUAAGUUAUGGAAGUUUUAGUUUAUUGAAAUGAAAAUACAAUGCACUAAACUUUUAUUUCAUUUAUUAAAAAUAUAUGUGGCACCCAAAAAAAUUACAGAAAAUGAAAGCCAUACACCAAACCAAUUUGUGUCCCAAAUUUCAAGUAAAAAAAUGAUAGAAUACCAUAUUUAUCAAACAUUUACUAGGCGCAGUACCAAAAGUGGCCACAGGAUGAAAUCAGAACUCCAUUGGUGAAAGAGUGAAUAAAACUAAUUUCAGAAUUUCUUUUAAAAACUAAUUUCAGAAACACCACCCAAACCACAUAUGAGGACACACCAUUAUAUUGCAAAACAUUUUGUAAAAUUUAUUACAGAUUAUAAUUAUUAUAAUUAUAUUUAUAAUGCAUACAGUGUAAGUAUUGUUAGCAGAGGAAGCCAGUAAUUAUUCACAUUUCUAACAAACAUAUCAUAUUUUUCUGCCAUAAAUUAUAUAACAGUUUGUUUACACCACCAAAUAAAACAAUAAAUGAUCCAAAGAGCCCAUUCAUUCACGCUGAUCAGUGCCUGUGCAUUUAGCUUUAGCCUUAUAGCUGCUAUGAGUCCAAACACAGAAUAUGCAUUCCUGCAGGUUUGGCAUUUAUUUCUCCUAGAAACUGUGUGGAACUUAUUCCAAAGUACUCAAAUCUAGCUAGAUUGUAGUGUUUUAGCAUAGAUCCAUUGAAAGAAGCAGCUAAAAUGUUAGAUUUUGGCUCAAAAUCAGUCAUUAGAAACAGAAGAAAGCUUCCAAACAAACACUUGGAUGACGUCACUGUUCUGGGAUGAGCAAGGCCAACCCCUGUAACCAUAGAAACAUCAUACCAAUGGAUACAUGACAAAUCUUGACUAGCGAUCUAUUGGCUGGAUCUAUUCACUGAAACAGCCAAUGCACAUUUUGGCUAGGCCAUGGAGCCUUUGAUCUGGUUUGAUUGACUGCUCCGCCUGUGAAUCACAGAGAGACUCUUGGGUGGACUCAAACAACGCAGAACUCUCACCAGAAUAGCGGAGACCUCAAGACCUCGAUGCUGAUUGAUAAAAUAAGUUUAUAAUCAAUAUUUUAUUGAUAAAAGACAUUUUAAUUUACAUGAUGACACAAGCAAAGGAUAAUCAGUCAUUUUUUUCCUAAAUUUUCGCUGUUUUGUAUAAAAUGGUCGAGUCUACUUUCAAUCGUGGACAUUUACCAUGGAUUGUAUGCUUGAAUUUCCUGCCAUCAUCCAACUGGAUCAAAACCAGAAGAUAUAAAAGAUAUGUAAUACCGCUCACAUGUUGCAUGUUUUAAAAUCCACUCUUUUAGAACAUUACUGUAAUGACGUCAUUCAGAUCGCAAAACAGUGGGCAUAUUUCGAAGUUACAGACUUGUAGCUUUCAAACGAUAUAAGGUUUGUUAAGAUUAAAGUCGGAUAUGAAGGUAAUAUAGUCCAAUAAACAUUAAAAAAAUGCUAAAAAAGCAGAAAAACGUCCCAUAUAUGGGAUGGUGCCAGUUAACAGGCUAAACUAGCUUUUCAGUAUACUUACUGUCUGAUUGUGCAUAUGACAACUAAAGAAGAAAACAUUUGCAACAUUUUGUAAGGAAUUUAUUUCAAUUUUAAUUUACUGUAUUUAAAUGUUUUAUCAAUUUUAUUAUGAAAUGGAAAAAACAGAGUUCACAUCUAUCCAAGUGUGUAUUUUGAUAAAAUAAUUUAAAUACGAUAAGAUUUUCAUGCUUCAUCAAGACUUGUUUUGUAAUCAAAUUAUAAUGUUUCUAAAAAUGCUAAUAACUUUUGAUCAUUUUAGUCUACUGUCAUUGAUAGACUCCUUGGCUGAUACCAAGAACAAUGUAUAUUAUAUUACAAGUGAUUCUAGUCAUUGCUUUUCGAGCAGUUUGCCUAAAAUCUUCACAAAAAUGCUAUUUUCUCAAAUGUUUGCCAUUCAUGUUCUUAGCCCCGAUUAUUGCUGCUUACAGCUACAUUUAUUAUUAUUAUUAUCAUUAUGUCUUGCAUAUGCAAACACUGAACGUCUCCAAUGACCUUUAUGAACAUGACUUGUUAAUAUUACAUUGUCUCCAGAGAACUAUCCAAUGGAUGUACUUAAUUGAUGUUAAGCCACUACUAUAUACUUUUUACAUAGCUUGAUUAUUACAUUUGUAAAAAUUCAAUUAUAUUUUGAGUAAUUAAAGGCCUACUCUGAUUAAUCAAGCAAAAAACUCUGGUUGUCAAAAUUCCCACAAAAGUUGGUUUCGUUAUGUGUAAAGGGCAGUAAAGGGCUGUUCAGACCGAACGUGUUCUGCUAGUUGCAGCGCAGCAAAUAGAACAGAACUUAGGUGUCUCAAGAUGUGCUUUUUAAAAGUAAGUAUUUUAUUAACUUGACACGGCAUCUUAAAAAAUGUAGUGUUCCUGUGCAAGAUGUGGCACGGUCAAAAACGUCCAUCUAGGACAUGUUUACAUAGAAAAACUGUUUAAAGACAGCAUAGAUGGAUGCAAAUAUGUGUUUGGUGUGAACGGCCCCCAAGUCAUGCACAAGUAAAUUGUUUUCUACACAAGGCGUAUGGCUGACUUUAUAUUCUUGUUUGUAAGUGCCUGGUUAACAAACCUUCAAAAGGAACCUUCAAAAACUAGAACUAGAGCAGAUGGCACAGAAUCAGUUGGAAUGGUUUAGGGGUCUGUGUUUGUGUGGUGUAAGAUGAACAAAUGAAUAAACUAAGGGAUAAACUGGACAGCACAUGUAAAAUAAGAGCCGAGUGCAAAUGGAUUGAGCUGACCUGUUUGACAAUGCAAACACAAAAAUCCUCUACUGACACAAACACAGAGCAAAGCCACAUUAGUAGGCAGAGGAUGUGACACUACUGGGCAGCAUUAGCAGGCUCUCAAAGAAUGAAGCAAUUGAGAAAGAAACAGGGAGAGAAAAAGAGGGAGUUGGAGAAUGGCAGAGAAAAGGUUUUCUGAGUUCUGCACCAGCACUCUUUUGUUCAGAACACACACAUACACACCUGCCAGGCAAGAACAUUGACGUGGUGAGGAACUUGGUGAGGUACCUUCAAAACAAUUAACCAAAAAAGCGUGCUAAGUAUUUUACUCCACUUAAAGCUGAAGUGUGUAAUUUCUGCACUAGUGUUAACAAACAGAAUUCCAAAAAUAAUGAGCGUUUUCAAACAGGAUUUCUGAACACAACCAGUCUUCCAUUGGUCGACAAACAGAUAGUUCCAACCCAUUUUACACCAAUGCUACUUUAGCGGGCUGAUGCCACAGCAUUUACACUUUUAGUCUCAGUCAUCAUUCCCUUUCAUUGCAUCUUUUUGCCAUAUAAAGACAGUGAAUGGUGACUGAGGCUGUUAUUCUGUCUAACAUCUCCUUUUCCACGGAAGAAAGUCAAAUGGGUUAGGAACAAUACGAGGUUGAAUAAAUUAUGACAGAUUUUUUAUAUUUUUUAAUAUUUAAGUUCAGAAGAGUUUAUCCUGGAGCAAAAAUAAAAGAAAGAAAGAAAGAGAGAAAGAAAAAAACGAGGGGACAAAGCAGAGGAAAUGGAUGCUGAAUGAGGGAAUACUAAAGAGGAAACAAAAGAGUCAGCACUUCCUCUCUCUCUCUUUCUGUACCAGAGCAGAAUUUCCUCUACUACACACCCCCUCUCGCCUCCACUACCAGAGUGAUCCCAGAGAGGGACCUGCACAGAGAGAGACGGGAUCUGGAUUUUACUGCAGUAAGAGCCAGGAAACAGAACGACCACAGAAAAACCAGGUCAGAACUGCACUGAUCUGCAGACUAAAGAGAAAGAAAGAGGUGAGAAAUGUGGAGAAAUUAAACGACAGAAAGAGACCAGAAAAAAAGGAGCUCAGAGUCACGCCAAGGAAAAGGAACACCCUGAAGAUGCACUUGUCUGCUGUGCUGCCCAGCCUACUCUUACUGCAGUUUAUUUGUACAGAAGUAUACACAGAAUGUCCCACUAUUUGCUCCUGUAGUGAGAGCCAUCGGACGGUUGACUGUUCCUGGAGGGGGCUCAGACACCUACCAGUGGGCCUGCAGAGAAACAUUCAGUCCCUCAACUUGACCCACAAUCGGCUAUCUGAUCUGGACCACCACUUAAGCUCCUUCACACACCUGCGCAUCCUGGACAUUUCCUACAACCGACUACUUCACUUCCCAGCCUCACUUCCUCGGGCGUUGUGGGAAAUCAAUGUCUCGGGGAACCGUCUGUGUGUACUAAACAAGGAUGACACAGCGUACCAGUGGAACCUCAGAGUUCUGGAUCUGUCUGUCAAUAAGUUGGAGCGUGUGGUUUUUAUCAACAACACGCUCCCCAACCUGAAGGCUCUCAAUCUCAGUCACAACAAGUUCUGGACAGUACCCACAAACAUGCCCCAAAACCUGCACGUGGUGGAUCUAUCCCACAACACUCUGGCUCAGAUUCUGCCGGGGUCAUUGAUCCGGCUACCCAGGUUGACGCAAUUCUACCUGCAUGCAAAUCGCUUCACCACUGUCAGUGAAGGAGCAUUCGAGCAUCUGCAAGGUCUGAAGCUCAUCACUCUAGGAGACAACCCCUGGGCUUGCGAAGAAAUGGCCAAUAUCAGCCACCUGUUGGUGUGGACCAAGCAUACUUCUGCCCGAGUUUUGGGCUGCCCCUGCCACACCUGGCACACCUGUGGGGAAGCUCACCUCACCAGUACCAAGAGCUGGCACUUUGGCACCUACACACUGUUCCCAUAUGUCUUUGGAACCGAGGAGCCAAACUAUCCAUCCAUACAAGCAUUCACCACGCACUUCUGGUCCAAGACAUCACUCCUAAACACACAUCACACUGGGGAUGACCAAACGGCCUCCUAUAGCCCAGAUGAGCAUGAAUCUUUCAGGCCCAAUCUCUUCUUUACCUCAACAUCAAAGGUUUCUUAUCCAAACAUCCAUACAACUACAGAAGGCCCAGUCAGGACAGGAGACUUUUUCACCACCAGUGAGAUCAUGAUCUCCACCACCCGUAGGACCACCACUCUCCGAACCCGGAGUGUGAAGAGAGCCAAUCAGAACCUUGGUAGAAACACAAGCUCAGAACGAGUGUCCGGCUUGUUCUACACAACAACGUCCUGUACACUCCUCCUAAUGGCCAUGACGCAAGGUCUCUGAGAGGUCCAACAAAGUCAAGGGGUCCUUCUUCAAAACUGCUUCAUCUAAAUUUUCAAAGACACUUAAAAAUGAUAACUUAUUCUCUGCAUAUUCUGUUAUUAGCAGGGUUCCCACAUUUAAUGAAUGAAUGAAUUUCAAUGGCUUUUUCAGUAGCUUGUGAAUACUGGAUAAGAAUUUUAAAAAUAAUAAUAAUUUUAUAGAGCCUGCACUCACAAAUGAGUAAUUUCUAUCUGAUAAUGUACUUUAGAGCGGAGCAUAACUAGAAGAAAAAUUACAAAUUUACUUUAGAAUUUUCAAUUACUUUUCCAUCACUUUUUCAUGACUCUAUUUUAUGACUUUUCCAGGCCUGGAAAUCUAAAUUUUAAAUUUUCCAUUAACAUCUCAUAUGAAGAUAUAAAUAAUAUAAAUACACAAGAAUAGUCUCACAGUAUAAGCUGGUUGAUAUGUUUACAUGACAAGGGUGCCACAUCAUUUCAGAUAAGCAAAUUUGAUGUUUCUUUAAAAAUGAUUCUCUUAAUUUAAAUGCAUGUGUCUUUGUUGUUUCUUUCAUAAGAUUUUAAUAAAACAUUUAAAAAAUAAAAUAAAGUGAACAAAAGCUGUUAAUGUAAUUCGGCUAACUUCAAUUUCACAAUAUUUUAAAGGAAAAAUGCCUCAGCUACCAAAUGAGGAGUCA